AUGGCAGUCGAGGGCGACAAUAGGGAGGCCGUGAAGGUAGCUGUCCCGUCGAAGGACCCGAAGAAAAAUGGGAAGAAAACAAGGGGGGUAGAGGAGAUGACUGAAGACGACAAAAAGAUACAAGAGAACAUCGAACUUCUUGUGGAGAGAACAUGCGACGGUGACCUCGAGAUUGUGGCACUGGCACUGGAGACACUCUCUCGCGAGCUCAAGGCUGCAACCUCCUCCAUGACAAGUGUCCCCAAGCCACUCAAGUUCCUCAGGCCCCACGUGGAUAGACUCGUCGAUCGCUACAAUCAACUUCCAGAUAAAACUACUCUCAAGGCGGAGUGUAAGGAUGUAACCUCCUGGGGUUAUGAGUACUUAAGGAACCUCUCGGGGCAAAUUGCUGGGGCCUUUGCAGAGCUGCAGCAACAGGAGGCUUUGUCAGGUGCUGAACAACAAAGCACAGCGGCUGAAACAGAUGACAGCAGAACUGCCGCGCCUACAGAUGGUGUUGAGGUAGAUGGCCCCGCAGGGGCACCUCAAACAACCAAUGGCGUAGCCAAGGAAACAGCAGUAGCAGAAACACCAACGACUGGGCUUGCCUCUGUGUCAGUACCUCUUCCUACGGUGGAGCAGCUACUGCAGUUAGUGGAAGAGAUUGUGCCCUAUUACAUGCAGCACAAUGCCGAAGUAGACGCGAUUGAUUUGCUGACAGAGGUGGAACGACCCCAGUCUCUCUUGCCUCUUCUGGAUGCGAAUAACUACCAACGGGUCGUAGCGUAUCUGUUGAGUCUCUCAAACUAUGCGGCAAGUCCCGAAGAGGCCUUCAGAGUGCAGAUGGUUGCAUUUGACGCCCUCAUGCAACAACAGCAACACUUUGAUGCAAUGCGCGUGGCACUGAGGUUGGGGGACCGUGCCCUAGUAGACAAGGUAGUAAAGGAUUGCAGUGACCCCCUGGUGCAGCAGCAACUAGCGCUGUUGCUGUGUCGACAGCGGGUAGACGUGGAGUUUGAAGAUGAAAAACUUCAGCGACUUGUCAGCGGCAGCAAGACUUCACCGUUCUUCCGCUUUUUGGCGAAAGAACUGGACGUGCUAGAGCCUAAGGAGCCUGAGGAUGUUUUUAAGAGACACCUGGAGGAUCCUCACGGGAGGCGAGCUCGUCUUGCUGGUCUGGAAAGUGCGCAACAGAACCUUGCUUCUUCUUUUGUGAAUGCCUUCGUCAACUGUGGCUUCGGGACGGACAAGCUUAUGACGGCUGACGGUAACGGAUGGCUAUAUAAGAACAAAGACCGAGGUUUGCUCUCAACUACGGCAUCGCUUGGUGCUCUCUGCCUCUGGAACGUGGAUGAGGCGUUGCAGCACCUCGAUAAACACCAGUACAGCAGCGAUUCGAACAUCAAGGCCGGCGCCCUCCUCGGAUUUGGAGUGGCCAGUUGCAAUGUCCGUCAUGAGUGCGACGCUGCCCUGGCGCUGCUCAAGGAUCACCUAGAGGCAACGGAGAUGACAGCCGAAACGCCUCUUCUCAAGGCUGCAGCCGCUAUCGGGUUGGGCUGCGCUUAUGCAGGAAGCUGCAGGGAGGACGUACUGGAGCUCUUGACGCUUGCCAUUCUGGAUGGGUCUCUACCACUGGUGUGUUCGGCGUUUGCUUCCCUUUCACUGGGCCUGUGCUUCGUUGGGAGCGCAUCGGCGGAUGCAGCCGAAGCUAUUCUCACUGCUCUUAUGGACCGCUGCACCACUGCUAAGGGCAUGGAUUCCCCUUUGGGACACUUUUUGUCUGUUGGUCUGGGCCUAGUGUUCCUUGGAACACGAGAUGCUGCAGAAGGGGCUUUGUGCGCCGUUGCUGCAUUGCCACAUGCCGCAUUCUCUGCUGCUGCCACCCGAAUUAUCGAGGGACUUGCAGCUGCAGGUAGCGGAGACGUGCUGAAGGUGCAACGGAUGCUUGGUGUGUGUGCCGAAAGCCGUCCUGAGGGCUACUGGAAACAGAAACAAAAGGAACUCAACAGCGAGCAGCACCCAGAAGGAGCUGCAGGAGAUAAUGCUGUUGCGGCGGACGGUGCUGCGUCGACGAGGACUGAAGGUGCUUCUGCAGUAUCAGGGGUCCGGGCAGCUCCAGGUGGCUCAGCCAGUGAUUCUACAUCUGGAGCAACAAAUACAACAAGCACCACUACAGGUGAUGAAGAUGAGGACCAUCCGGACGAUACAGACCAGGCCGUUGCGGUUCUAAACAUUGCAUUGAUUGCUUUUGCUGAAGAAACUGGCGCAGAAAUGGCCCUGAGACUUUACGAUCACAUCCUUCAGUACGCGGAUGCACAUAUGAAACGGGCUGUUCCCCUAGCUGUAGCGUUGCAGCAUCCAAGCAACCCCAAGCCGCAGCUCAUCGACCUGUUGAGCAAACUUUCUCACGAUGCUGACCCUGAUACUGCCCUGAAUGCUAUUUUUGCUAUGGGCAUUCUUGGCGCCGGGACGAAUCACUCGCGCAUUGCGUCGCUUCUUCGCCAGCUGGCAUCGUACUACGGGAAGGAUCCUAGUGCAUUAUUUGUGGUUCGCCUUUCACAAGGCCUCCUAUAUUUGGGAAAGGGGUUGCUCCACAUAGGCGCUCUUCACUCUGACCGGCAGCUCAUCUGCCGCGUCGCUCUGGGAGCCUUGGCAAUUGUCUCCUACUCGGCACUUCUCAUGCGCCACACAAUUCUAGGGAAGUUCCAUUUCAUGCUCUACUACCUGUUCCCUGCAGUACAGCCACGGUGGUUAGUGACAGUUGCCGAGCGCAUGGAAGGUGCAGGCCCAGAUGAAAAACCUGACCUUGCUCUGAAGGCGGAGACUGCCGCGCUGGCCCAGGAUGAGGCCGAAGCAGCAGGCAUAGACGCAGCCAUGGAAACAGAUGGUGCAACGAACAGCAAGGUCCCGUCAAUGGAGGGAGAUGAAGACCUUAAGAUGCUUCCGAUUCCGGUCCGCGUUGGGGAGGCAGUUGAUGUUGUUGCGCAGGUAGGCAGGCAGCCGAAGACCAUCACAGGAUUCCAGACGCAUACAUCUCCGGUUUUGCUUAAUUUCAGCGAAAGAGCUGAACUGGCAACAGAUGAGUAUCUGCCAGUUGCGCGCGUCCUUGAGGGUAUUGUCCUUCUCCGGAAGAAUCCAGAUUACCAGCCACCGAAGGCUCCCUAG